AAACCCCAGACUCCCGAGCUGUGGGGCUGAGAGGAGCCGAGAAUGUGCGUGGGAGCCCAGCCACCCAGGGCGCCGGGCUCGGCCUUCCUGCUGCUGGGGCUCGCGCUGGGCGCUGCGGCCCAGCUCAGCUGUGUUGGGGACACCUACCCCAGUGGCAGCAGGUGCUGUAAGGAGUGCCAGCCAGGUCAUGGGAUGGAGAGCCGCUGCACCCACGCCCGGGAUACGGUGUGCCGUCCGUGUGAGCCCGGCUUCUACAACGAGGCGGUCAACUACGAGGCCUGCAAGCCCUGCACACAGUGCAACCAGAGAAGUGGGAGCGAGCCCAAGCAGAGAUGCACACCCACGAGAGACACGGUCUGCGGCUGCAGGCCGGGCACCCAGCCCCAGGACGGCUAUGGCUACAAGCGUGGAGUUGACUGUGCCCCGUGCCCACCAGGACACUUCUCCCUGGGCAACGACCAGGCCUGCCAGCCCUGGACCAACUGCACCUCGUUAGGAAAGCGAACACUGCGGGCGGCCAGCAACAGCUCGGACGCUGUCUGUGAGGACAGGAGCCCCCGACUCACACCAGCCUGGGAGACCCAGGGCCCCGCAGCCCGGUCCACCCCCGCUCAGCCCACCACCACCUGGCCGAGGGCCUCACAGGGGCCCUCCACGCCCCACGCAGAGCCCCCCAAGGGCCCCGAGCUGGCCGCUGUCCUGGGCCUGGGCCUGGGCCUGGGCCUGCUCGCCCCCGUGGCUGCCGCGCUGGCCCUGCUCCUGCACCACAGGGCCUGGAGGCUGACGCCCAACGCCCCCAAGCCCCCCGGGGCAAACAGCUUCCGGACCCCCAUCCAAGAGGAGCACGCCGAUGCCAAGUCCAGCCCGGCCAAGGUCUGAGCGACGCCCGCUGGCGUAGGAGCUGGCGCCCCGCCCCCGCCCUGUGCCGUUUUAGGCGCCCCGGGCCCCGCUACGUGUGCUGUGCACACUCCCCGCCCAGGGUGGGCCCCCAAUAAACGACGCUGGCGAA